AUGACCCGAAUCAACGACAUCCUGAAAUCAACCGACAAACCAGACGGCAAAAGCAAGAUCUUUGAGUAUUUCAAUGGGCCGAAAGCAUUCGCCACCCAUGCGGUCCCUGUCACGCCCAUUGACGACGAGUUCCGCGAAUGCGAUCUGGCCACGCGGGCAAGGGCGUCAAGUACAAGCGGGGGAGGUCAACAAGCCUCCAGUCAACCUGUGCAGUCGUCGGUGCGUCCAGCAGCCCAAAAGUGGCGCAUGUUGACCGAGGUUGAGGACAACAGAGGCCAAGAAGAGGAGAGAUCAGCAAAGAAGAGGAGGAGGAGGAAGUGGAAGUGUGAAACGAUAUCGUGGGAGGUCCAUGUUCCGGGCUCCCCUCCACUGGGCUCCUACUCAAAUACCGGCACGCCAUUCGGGGGUAAUUAG